UUUAGCCUAACUGUCUUCCCCACAGCUGCAAACCAAGUGCAGUUUGUAGCAAACCACUGGGUGAUGUUGUAAUUGGGAGGGGCAGAAUUCUGAAGAGAGCUCUUCAACAUCCAACACAGAAACAACUCAGUCCCUGUACCUUCCCGAGUGAGGGAGGCGGACAGAGCGAGAGGCACGUUCACCCUGGUCUCUUUCGGAGUUGUUGUUUUAUUUUUUUCUUUGAAGGGAAGGAGAGGAGCUUUAUCCUUGGAUUCUCUAGCCCAAGAACUGGAAUAACGUCUAAAGGACAAGUCAACGCCUCCCCCUCCCCUCCGGGAGCUCCCCAGUCUGUCCUGGGGAGACACUGGCCAGUUCGGUUCAUGACAUCAAACAGGUUAAACCCAGGGCGAAGGAAGGACAAAACUGAAAUCAACACUCGUCCGGGAGUGAGAGACCUUUCCCUGUAGAAUGUUGUCCCCAGAUUUUCCCAGCUUCAACACAGACACGGCUUAAGAGCAGGAUGUCCAGCAGGUGGCGCUUUCACCAAGGUUGGAGCUUCUGGAACUUUCUCUGCCAUUUGGCCAUUUUCACAAUCUGUCUCGAUUGCACAGUGGUGUUGGGCUGCUCAAAAUGCACAGAAACUUUAACCGGUCCCACAGGACAGUUCACAUCCCCUUGCUUCCCCCGGGAGUAUGUUCCAGAUUUAAGUUGCAAGUGGACAAUCCGAGCCCCUCCUGGAUUUAUCAUACAGUUGACCUUUCACGAGUUCGAGUUAGAGGAAGCACAAAGAUGUCUGUACGACUUUGUAUCAAUAAACACUGGGGCUGAGCUCAUAGAAUUUUGCGGUGUCACAGCUAAGGGCCUCACGUUGAACUCUACGGGGAAUCAAAUGAUUGUCACGUUCAAGACUGACUUUAGCAUCCAAAAGAAAGGAUUCAGGGUCUCCUACAAACAAGUGGCAGUCUCACUGCGGAAUCAGAUGCUGGUGUUGUCGAAGAUCUCCCAGAAACAGACCGUUGCAGUUUCCCCUUCCAUCACCAUCCCAGAGCUGCGGCAAUUCACAAUAUGCCUGGAGGUCAGGGCAGCCAAGGAGGAGGAGAAGUGGACGUUGUUCUCGUACACGGACAGCAGUGACACGGCACAGAUCAGGUUCAAGAAGGAGGGCGAUGACAUUUACCUGGAUGUAUCCGACGUGGUGUGUGACCUUAGCGAGUUCUGGGAUGAGCACUUCUCUGAAGAAGUGAUCACUGAUACUUGGCGGGAGCUGUGUCUCGCCUGGGAUGGCACAUCUGGCAAUAUCAUCAGCCAAAUGCAAGACAAGUACCAGCUCAACCCCUGCCCAGCAUCACAGAACAAGGUCAUAGCGGGCAGUGGUACCCUCUCACUGGCACCAAAAGUGACUCCAACCAGAAACACCUACACGGGUGACCUCUACAACGUCCGACUGUGGAACUUCAGCAUGUCCAGUCAGUCACUGCUAGACCUAACCUGUGAUGAGAAAGGGAAUGUUGUGGACUGGGAGAAUUCGUUUUGGGAUAUUCCUGAUGGUGUGCUGGAACCCAACAGUGACCUGAGCUGUGCUACCGCCUCUCCUACCCAGAUGACCAUCAAACCCACCUACUGUUCAACUCCAGGUUCUGGCUGUCAAGUGACCACACCAUCCCAUUUCAGCACUAGUAUCACUAACACGCAUGGUACUAACAGCCCUGAGCCCUCCACUGCUGGCACAAACCCUCCACUCUCGGAAAUCACGUCGCCAGGAACGACAGAACCUGCGGCACCCAGGGGACUUUUGUACAUGACGCAGUUUACGGUCCAUGAUGAGAUUGGGGACAUGAACAUAGCAGAUCUGGAGCAAAGAAUAUCAAACUGGCUCACUGAGUCUUUUCAGAACUGGAAUUAUACUGUAUAUGUGGAAAGUGUCAGGAUUCUUCAAAACAAUAAAACUGUACCUCGCCGUAUUUCCAGAUCAAUUGAUUCCACAAGCUAUGAAUGCGUGGCCAUCUUGUAUUACAAUAUUACCAAAAAUGUCUACCUUGAAGAAAGGAUAGUGCAAGAGAGGCUGAGAAACACAUCUUCAGGCAUCGGAAAUAACCUUUCCAUAGAGUCCAUUCAGGUGCAACCUGUAGUGAACUGUUCCUCAGAAGAAAAACCAGCCCAGUAUAUUUGGAAAGCAGCCAGACCAAGGACCACCCAAUAUCUGUCCUGUAUCGGAAAUCAAGAGCAAUAUGCAAGCAGAAGCUGCCUUUUAAAUAUGCAGAACUACACAUCUUUCUGGGAACCCCCUGACUUGAGAAACUGUUCGCUGGUUACAAACAACAGCAGCUUGGAAAACCUUCCACCUGUUUCCGCAGACAAUGCGGCAGAGGUGGCCAGUCAGCUCCUCGAUUUCUCUGCGGAUGGCAAUCUUACCCAGGACCAAGUGGUUAAGCUGGUGGAAACUCUGAAUCAGAUUGUGAUCGUGUCGGACAUCAACUCCACAUUGGCAUCCACGGUGCUGUCAGUUCUGUCCAAUAUUCUU